AAUUUGCUUUAAUUUUAAGGUUAUCUGCUUUUGCUAGCUAGGGGUCAAUAAUGCAUGAUUAAAAAAAUGCCCAUGGUAUGUUUUAAAUAGAGAGUAGUAACUAGUAAGUUUUUAAGCAGUUUCGUUAUUAUUGAAUAGCAGUUGAAAUUCCGCCACAGAAAUGUCGACAUUUUGGGGAGAAGAAAUCCUCCCAGAGAGAAGUUUCAUGCUUUUUGCAGAUGAACCUAAAGGAAGGCUUCAUAUUACCCGGGAAACUUUGGGAAAGUGUCCCAACGAACACGAUCGGAUGAUGUUGGAGGCAGCUAUAGAAAAGGCUCGCAAUGAAAACAACUUGAUGUUGCAGGCAAAUAUGGUAAAGGCUCGCAAUGAAAGUUUAAACAGGUGUAACGUUCUGUGUCGUGUAGGUUUUGGGCCUUCAGUUAUCUUAUGCUCGUUGACGGCGGGGAAAAAUGAGUCAUGUGUGCUUGAUCUGGACUUCGAUGAGGAUAUGGAAGUCAUUUUUUCUGUUGAUAGUCCUCACAGUGUGCAUCUUACUGGGUACUACCGCAACAAGGGUAAACCUAGUGAGGAUGAUUGUUCAGGUAAGUGCUGCAGAAGCUGCUGCUGCUGCUGCUGUAUUCAGUGAACAUAUCCGAUGCGCAAAACCUAGAACUCUUGUAAUAUAUGGGGCACAUCUCUGGCUUUCAUGUAGCAACAAGAGAUACUGCUCAAAGACUUGGAUGUCCACAUACUACUGAGUACUGAGAAAUUGUUGCAACUUUAUUAUCCUACCAAAUUUAAAGUGUUGAUGUGAAUUAGCUUCUUUUUAAUCUAACAAUUAGCUUCUUCCGGAAUGGUGUAUAUUGUUCUUACGGGUUCGAGGACUAGCAGUAAAAACUGAGCGGUGUGUCUAGUGAUCCUUUAUUGCUUAGUGUAAAAAAAAUAAUACUAAUAACGCUAUUGUGGAAAGGAUUGAUAUUUUUUGCGACUUAUUUUGAAA